GCUGUUAGCGCUUGCAUUUGUGUUGCCGAGCACAAAUUGAGUUUUGCAACAAACUAAAAUGGUUUUAACAAAGGAAGAGGAGGCAUUUAUUCGCCGCAAGCACGAACAGACGCUUAAGCUGCGCAACGAAUACCAGAAGCAGAGCUCGAAUCCUUUUCGCCAUGCCACCGGCGAGGGCGGCACUGUGUUCGAUGCUGGUCUAGCUCGCUUCCAGGCCAUGCGUGUGUCUAACUACGAACACUUCCGUCCCACUGGACACUCGUUCCGCGUGGGCAUGUUGGCCGUCGUGCUCCCAAUUGCCAUUUACGCCUGGGCGCUGAAAAGCGAACGCGACGGACGCGAACAAAAAUACCGCACGGGUCAAGUUGCCUAUAAGGAUCGCCAAUUCAAGUUCAUCUAAAACGAUCAUUCUUUUGCAGAAUAUAUAUAUAUAUAUAUAUGUUUCACUACGAAAUUAAAUGGAAUAUGUUAACGUACAAUUUGCAUGUGUAUAAUUAUAGUUACAGAUAUUUAUAUUA